UGCAGCCAGAACCUCUGCCUCCCCGCCACCUGCUCUCGUUACACCCGGAAAUUCGCUACACUCACAACGCUGGACGUUGUUUGUGCAGACUCGAAUUGCGUACAUCCUGCUAAGUGUGCUGUACGUGCGAACACAAGAGGCAGAAAUUAUACGCCACUUCGGUGAACCUCGAGCACGACCACACGAUAUCGCUGGGUAUUCCGUACUUCUUGCAUAGCGACUCCAUGCUCUGAAGCCCCGUUAAACUAUGUCAGCGCCCUCUUACCGACUGGAAACGCCGCGUUCGCGCCCACCCCCUCUCCCAAUCCGCACUCACAAUCUCAGAUCCUCAUCUCCUUCGAGUAAGAAUGAAACCACUGAGUCACUCUUUGACAAUGGAUCUUCGGCAUAUGUGGUCUCUACGGCUCGAGCUGUAUCCCCAUCCAUAAUCACAUCACCUAAAUCACCCACCCUCAAUGGCCGCUCGAGGGCGAGAAGCAGGGGCAUAACCCCUCCCCCCUCUGGCCACGCUCGCUCGGCGACGCCUUCGCACCCUGUCCAAGGCGAGCUAGAGGCGUUUGCGGAGCAUUGCAGAGCAUGGUAUUUUGAACAGAAUGAUCACGCCGGCCGUGCAAUGACGCAUACGCUGGCCACUCUUCCGCCGUCGCAAAGGGCACCAUUUGCGAGACUUCAGGCGUCGAUCCGCUCCGCUUAUCACGCCAGCGUCAAUGCGCGUCGAAACGCUGAGUUCCAGGCGCACCUCAGUGCCACGCAACCCGGGGGCUCAUUGAUGCCACAUUCUCGAUCCGAUCCUGGUGGCAACCUGGCCAAGAAGGAGCGCUAUGAUAGGCUGGAGCGCUUUAUCAGAACAUGGUGCACCAUGGGCAUGCCUGGCACGACGCCUUUCUUCCAAGGCCUCUGGGCGGUAUUGCGACUUCAAGCGAUCCCAGAACACCUUGGAGGAGCUGGAGGGAAUAGAAUCGAAUGGGAAAUUGAUGACGCGGUGUACAAGGAAGCCGCCGGGAAAGAUUUCAUGCUCGAAGCAAUCGACGUUCUCAAAGGAGUGCUUGCGUUCGAGGAAGUCUCCUCCAGCAAACGAUCGUCCUCGCUUUCAAGCCCCGCUCCUUAUGCGCCGUUUUCACCGCUCGCCACAAUCCACUCUCGAUCGCAAUCCCAACCCCUUCCUACGGACAUAUCCACAGGACUUUCACAGAAACUCCCGCCAAUCACGUCCACGACACAGAAGCAGCGACCACGAGCUCCAAGCGAUCCUUUCGUGGACACGCCGGUCUUGUCGAAAUCAUACUCCUCCGUCAACACCACGGCUCAAUCAUCGACUUCCGGUUCCACCCUUGCUGAUGAGCCCGUCACACCCGUCACACCAAGGCUGAACAGUGAGCGCUUCAAUGCCCUGUCGUCUUCCGGCAUGGAAUUUUCCGACUCAGACGAAUACAUGCGUACAUGGACAGCGCCGGAUCUGCCCAAUCAGGAGCUCAUCUCCUUGCUAUCCGUCUUCCCUCCAUUCAUUACGCGUAGCACACUACCGCGAUUCACCGCGAAGGAAGCUUCCAGGCGAACCGACGACCUCGAGGAAGGGGGACUGCCAGAGGAGGACAGACGGAUCAAGGUCGGUACAGGGACAAUGUGGAUUAGCUCCAAGCGUCGCAAGGACGGUUGGCAAGGUGGCUGGUGGACACGCCUCAAGCUCUGGCUGCAGAGAAUCUUCUGCUAGUUCAUGGUUCGGCGUUACCCGAUCAGCCUGCUGUUUAAUCUCAUUGGUAACGGCAUCUCUCUCUUAUCUACAGCACGCCCUUUCCCUGGUGCGCGCGUCGGACGUCGAAGCUAUCCACUGCAUCUCCUGUCCUACUCCGACUUGCCCGUCAAUUGGCUCAUUUUGAACUAUUUCGGACAUUGGCUCGGACAAUUUACGGACAGCUCCGCGCCGCCGCCGCUUCCUUCUGACCACCAAUCCACAGCGAUGUACUCAUAUCUGUGAUGCAAAUGCACAACGUCACCCGUUCACACGGCACAUACCCUUGUAUUGGUGCUAAUGAUACUCUGUCGCGUUUGUAAGAGGCAGUCACCACAGAAUUUUAUUUGCCAUCCCUAGAAUCAUGCCC